AUGUGGUGUUACAUGAAUCCGUCUGAGCACCUACCAGAAGGAAGAGAGAAAAUUCCAGUUGCACACUUUUAUUUACAGGAAAGCAGUUACUUAGCAUACAUUAAUCGGAAUAUCAACUGGAUUUGGAUGCUUAUGGAUACAUCGAUUGAUCGAGGAAAGUACUUUCUUAGCAAAUUUUUAUCGAUAAUAAAGGAAACUACAAAUGUGGUCAUCUCCAAAUCCAAAUUGCGCCUGGAGGCUGGAGUUUCCUGCAAGGAUCGCUCUCUAAGACGUGAAGAGGUGCAAAGUAUGCCCUCAUCUGACGUCUGCAAAAAGGCGAACUUGGAUCGGCUGAUCCCUAGAGAUAGAGGAUACACAGCUGCGGGAUUUAUUUUCAAUGGAGGGGCUGUUGUAGCUACUGAUCAUUUAUCGAAAUCACAUGUUCCAAACAUUAUAGAACUCAAUUCUCGCAUGGUUGCCGCUGUUUCUGUUCAUGGAGGAAGCGCGAAUAUGCUCAUUCAGAUGAAAAACAUGUACAACCAUGAAUUCAGUUCGGGGAGGAGGACGUAUUCUGUUGAAGAAACAUCAAAGUGGUUUGCCCACCUUCUGCCUAGGUGCUCUGAGGGUUCUUCAGUUGAAAUGCUGAUCGGAGGGUUUGACAAGUGUGGUCCUGCCCUUUAUCGCGUGGACGGUAAAGGGGCAGUAGAGGACUGUAAGAAGGAGGGAUAUGCUGCCACUGGAUGUGGUGAUAUGGCUGCUCGUGCUCUUCUGCGUUUCUGGUUUUAG